GCUUUGGGUGAAAGCUUUCAAACACAAGUAUAUGCAGGGACCGUAUUCAGGAUUUGAUUCUUAGUGUGCCACUGUGCUUGCCUGUGUUGUGUUGUUUUGUUGUUGGUUUAUUUUACAAGGAUUUUGCUUCACCGAAUAAGAAAUUGAAACUUGACGACGACAAGGAUUCAGGAGACAACUCUCACCACCUUCUAGUUCCAAUGUCUUGUGAUGAUCCUAAAGUUACCCUGAAUGAUUUAGGAGACACCAAUGUGCUUCUCUUUUCUGAAGAGGAAGCCAGACAACAUUUUGCACGCCGGUGCCACCGAUUUGGACCAAUAUACGCCGACGAACAAGAGGAACGCUACAGGUUCAGUGUUUUCAAGAAAGAGCUUGAAUGGGUCACCCACCAACAGAACCUUGAUAAGCCAUGUGCCAUCAACAUUUACUCUGAUCUAACCCAUGAGGAAAAGCUUUCUUUACUUUUAUGUGAGAAUUGUGAUUCUGAAUCCGACACCGAACAAGACCACACUCAAGAGCCUUACGCUGAAAAAGAAAAAGGCUAUCUUAGUGAGGACGCAUCGGAGGAUGAUGCCUUCGGCUGAAUCCCACACGCUGAUCAAACCUCAGGAUCAAAUCGAUCACCUUUUAAAGGAUUGACAUAACCUAAAAUCAAUCUUGGGAGGUUGUUUUAUCUCUUAUGUUACUGUGUUACUAGUAGUCUUUGUUUAACUUUUCAGGAACAAGUUAAGUGUUAUUUUCAUUUUCAAGUGAUUUCCCUUGAUUCAGUUUUAAUCUCUCUUUUCUUCAACACGUAGAUCGUAUUUUACAUGUUGUGAGUCUGUAUACUGG